AUGCACUAUUGUAUUCCUAAAAACCGUAUAGGCCCCAGCCGGUGCCAACACACACCAGUUUAUAAAGCAGUACCGCGAAGAGAUCGAGGCAUUAAAAAGUCCCGCAAAACCUGGUGGAAAUGUGGCCAGCGCUCAAAGUGUUGGGGAAAGGCUACAACACCAGUCUCCCAUGAGCUCAUAACUACUGAGAAGAGUAAGAAAUACACGAAGCCUCCUAGUGACGAACCUCGCAAGAAGAUCAAGGUCCCAGAUGCAAUGCCGACGCAGGCAAUUUCAGAAGCAAAGGCUGAGUGGAAUUAUCAAAAGACCUAUCAUAACUCUCAAAGCCCAGAAAUCGACCAGUUGAUGGACAUGAUUGGACUGGAAUUUGUCAAGAAAAAGUUCUUAGAAAUUAAACAGAAAGUAGAUCUUGCAAUCAGACAGAAUAUUGAUCUGAGCAGCGAGAGGUAUGGAACUGUGCUUCUGGGUAACCCUGGAACUGGCAAGACGACAGUCGCUCGGCUUUACUCGAAGUUUUUGGCGACAGUGGGAAUUAUCCCUGGAUGCAAGUUCAUCGAGACCACUGGAUCAAGGCUCUCGAACGAGGGGGUUUUGCAGUGCCAGAAAACUAUCGAAUCACUUCUCAAAGAUGGGGGAGGAGUAAUCUUUAUUGAUGAAGCCUAUCAACUCGUGCAGGCUAACAGCUCAGGAGGCGGUCAGGUUCUUGACUUUCUUCUCGCCGAAGUCGAGAACCUCACGGGGAAAAUCGUGUUCAUUCUUGCCGGGUAUCAGAGACAGAUGGAGCAGUUCUUCGCUCACAACCCUGGACUUCCAAGUCGUUUCCCUCAUGAGCUAAAGUUUGAAGAUUUUAACGACACAGAGUUAAUGUUGAUCCUAGAACACUGGAUUGAAAAGACAUACCAAAAGCGAAUGAAAAUCGAUGGUGACCCCGGCGGGCUUUAUUGCCGCAUUGUUGCUCGGCGAAUAGGGCGUGGACGUGGAAGUGAUGGCUUUGCAAACGCGAGGGCUGUCGAGAACACCGUAACCAAGAUUACUGAACGACAAGCCAAGCGCGUUGCACGAGAAAGACGAAAUGGCUCCGGGAUAGUGGACGACUUCUUCCUGGAUAGGGCACGCCAUUGA